AUGGGUGGAGAGGACAUGGACCAGCAAGCGGUGGUACCUCGUACCCGUGUCACUCUUCUUCAGCAUAUAUGUAAUGUGUCAUCAAUGUGGAUAACUUGGCUUACUUAUAACGAUACAUUUUCAUCAGUUGUGGAAUACGGCAUCAAUGAUUUACGAUGGUUUGCUAAAGGCAAUUCAAUACUAUUCAUUGAUGGUGGCAAACAAAGGAGUAAACGAUACAUACAUCGAAUUCUGCUCACCGAUCUGAUACCUGGAACUGUUUAUCAGUAUCAUGUUGGGUCGGAAUAUGGUUGGAGUUCACUUUAUCGGUUCAAAGCCAUGCAACAGUUAACAAAUCAUGGAUACGUUUAUGCAGUUUAUGGAGAUCUCGGUGUUGUAAAUGCUCGAUCACUUGGAAAGAUACAACAACAAGCACAGCGAUCACUUAUUGAUGCUGUUUUACACGAUGAAGGACAAUUUGGUGAUCAAUUUGGUAGACAAAUUGAACCGAUAGCAGCUUAUGUACCAUACAUGAUGGUUGUCGGUAAUCAUGAACAGGCUUAUAACUUCUCUCAUUAUGUCAACCGAUAUACGAUGCCGAACAGUGAACACAACUUUUUUUAUAGUUUUGACCUUGGUGCAGCUCAUUUCAUCGCUAUAUCCACUGAAUUUUAUUAUUUCACUGAGUAUGGCUCCAUACAAAUAGCGAACCAAUGGAAAUGGCUUAAUGAUGAUUUGAAGCGAGCAUCCGCAAACCGUGACAAAUAUCCGUGGAUCAUAACAAUGGGACAUCGACCGAUGUAUUGCUCGAAUUACGAUUUCGAUGAUUGUACCAGAUAUGAAUCACGAAUUCGUUCGGGUAUGCCAGGAACACACCGUUAUGGAUUAGAAAAACUGUUUUAUACAUAUGGAGUUGACUUAGAAAUUUGGGCACACGAACAUUCUUAUGAGCGCAUGUGGCCAUUAUACAAUCGUACUGUUUAUAACGGUACCAAGGAGCCAUAUAUUGAUCCGCCAGCACCGGUACAUAUCGUUUCAGGAUCUGCUGGAUGUCAAGAAUAUACCGAUCCAUUUGUUUCUCAGCCACCACCUUGGAGUGCAUUUCGUUCGUCAAACUAUGGUUUUGGUCGACUUCAUAUAUUUAAUGGAACUCAUCUCUACUUCGAACAAGUAUCCGCAUCAAAGGACGAAGCGGAAGAUAGUUUCUGGUUGGUCAAGCACAAACAUGGCCCAUACACCUCUGAGCAUCGUAAAAAGCUGAAACAAUUUGGUACUUAUGUGCCCUGA